AUGUCAGAAUCCCCAACUUCACCUGCUGAAAUAACAAGAAGCUCUUCGCCUGAUAAAAGCAGUCAACAGGAUUGUCAAAUCGAAGACGAAAACCCUCCCGGCAACCAGAAGACUCAGAGACGUUCAAAAGCCAUCGAUUUGAUACGCGCCCGAACGGUCGUCCGCAUGUCUCCACCCGCGUCUGCAGAGAACUCCCCCGUGAAGACGGAGUCGCCAGGACGAUCCCCAGAGAUAUCUCCAACAAAGUCACCCGGUAAAUGUCCAGGAAGUCCCCCACAAAGGCCAACGCACGGGUCUGUGCCGAAGUCGCCUAGCAAGUCGCCGAAGAAGCAACCGGGGAGGUCGCCAAAAGCGUCACCAGCCCGGAAGAACAUGCAGCCACAAUCUCCCGCUCUACAUGGACAACCUGUUCAGCUAUACAAGAACCCUGUUCCCGCCCUGGGACCGUCUCUCAUGCCGAAGCCUCAGAGAGAGCAGAGCUCUGCAUCCUUAAGCAGCGAAGCGGGCUAUCAGUAUUUUGGCGGCAAUUAUACAUAUCCGUACAUGUUGAACACACAGCUUUUCCCCGAACAGGAUGCUGUCAGUACAGUUCAGCCCGCUUCGUAUAUUGCUCCUGUUUAUACCGGAGGAACGACUAUGGCGCAAAGCCCAGUCCUCCAAUUCGAACAGGUCUUCCCUCCCACUCAGCUUCGAAGUGCCCACAGCAGCCUCGCGUCGUUUGAAGCGGAGUGGAGGGCGAAUCCAGAAUCAUUUGUCACGACCUCAAGCGGGGAAGACGCUGGAGCGGUAGCUGAGCAGUCUAAUACUAUUCGCACGGGAGAGGACAAUAUAUCGUUUCCAGACUCUCGAAAUCUUGCAGUUACCUCACCAGAAACAAGCAGCACAACCGAACGAAGCGAAGCGCAAGACACCCAACCUCAACCUCUCCCAAACCCGAUCCCGCGCAGAAACACACUUUCCACAAAAACCAAACCCAAGUUAUCCCCCAUUCAAGAAAUCUCCCGACAGGACACUCUGUCUCCAAAAUCCGAAACCUCCUCAACAGGCAUAACAACAGAUCCCCCAUCACCCGCUAGAUCCAUCGACUCGUCCCAAUUUUUCAAAAACACUUCAUCAAUAAGCACGCAGUCCAGUCCCACAUCCAGCGCAGCAACAACCACAACAACAGCCACCACGAUAACCCGCAAACAGAACCCCCCCGACUUCUUCUACCAACUUGACAGCCACGGUUUCCCCUGUGCCACCAGCACAUGCGAUAACCGCUGCAACCUCUGGGACGGCACGAGCGUAAUUUGUCCUAAAUGCGGACCCUACUCUGAGAUCCGGUACUGCUCAAAGGCCCAUUUACUGGAGGACGUCAAGUGGCACUGGGCGUAUUGCGGGAUGAUGGCGUUUGAGCAUCCGUGUAAAGAGAACAGUAUUCCGAGGGAGAUCCGCGUGGACAUGCCGUGUUUGAUUCCGUGUGUGCAUGGGUAUGAUACGCCAGAGAGACAUCGACAGGCUGUUUAUUUUAAUGUCUGUGGUGCGCAGGGGGAUUAUUUUAUCUUUUCGGAUUGGGGUGAUUUGAUGGAGGCUGGUGGGAGGUCUGAUGGGAUGGCGGCGCGGUGCUCGUCGAGGGUUAUUUGCACUGUUACCUUUGAGGAUCCAGUCGAGAAAGAUCGAUUUCGUCGUGUCCUCGCGGCCUGUCUUUUCCUAACAAUCGAAGUCCCCGAUCUAGCAGACUACCUCUUCCGCCUAAUCCGCAACAACCUCCGCACAAAAUCCCUCUGGUCCAAAACCCUCCACCAGUCCCUAAUCCACCAACUAUCCCAAGAACUCUCCAUCCAAACCCAACCGCACAUCACCGGCGAGCGCCACGCCUGUCCAACAGACUGGGACGGAUGCAGCCGGCGCGCUUGUAAAGAUGUUGUUUGUCAGGGCGAGUAUUGGAGGUUGCUUGGGAAGUUAGGGGGGAUGGGGUUUGGACGGUUGCUAGAGCAUUUGGAGGCAGGGUAUUGGGUGCUUAGGGUUGCGAGGACUACGCAUCCGGGGGUUAGGGUGGUGGAAGAGAGAAUGAGGGGGGAGGGGUUUGAGGGGGUGUUGGAGGAGGAUAGGAGGGUUUUUCGGAGGGGGGUUGGGUGGGAUGGAGUUGGGAGUGGGUGUAUGGAGAUUGAGGGGGUUAAUGUUUGA